CCUCGUAUCAACAAAAAUUCCUCGACACUCUCACGUAUCAUGGCAGAGGAGAAACUGUCAAAGAAGAAGCAGAAGGCCCUCGACUUCCGUACCGGAAAGCUCAAGGUCAAGAAGGCAGAGAAGGAGAAGCGGAUCACCGAGGAGAAAGAGAAGCCAGCUGCUCCUUCGACUUCAGCCAAGCAGGAAGGGGAGAAGAAGGAGGACAAGAAGCCGAAGGACAAGAAGAGGAAGCGUGAUCAGGAAGAGGCUGCGGAGACUGGUGAUGCCGCUGAACAAGGCGAGAAGACUGCGGCGUCUGCUCCGAAGAAGGCCAAGGGCGACAAGCCCACGCAACAUCGCUUCAUUCUCUUCGUUGGAAAUUUGCCCUAUUCGGCAACUCUCGAGAAAGUGAAAGCACACUUCGCCGGUGUCGGUGAACCCUCGUCCAUACGCCUCCCUACAGCCAAGGAACCACCCCACAAGCCAAAAGGAUUCGCAUUCGUCGAAUUCACCAACCCAUCCGUGCUGAAGAAAGCUCUCAAACUCCACCACACAUUCUUGGACGGGCGGAAAAUCAACAUCGAGCUCACUGCGGGAGGUGGAGGAAAAUCAGAGGCGCGUACGAAGAAGUUGCGAGAAAAGAACGAUGCUUUGACUGAGGAGCGUAGGGAGAGGAUCAAGGAGGAGAACGAGGUGGCAGGUCAGAGGAAGGCUGUUGUCAACGAUGGAAGUGGUAUCAACCCGGAGCGGCUGAGGAUGAUGCAGCAGCAAGGACGAAGGUAGUUUUCAUUGAACGAACGAAAUAUAUAUUCCCAAGAACAGUGGUAUACGACUGUGGCAAAAACAAGCAUGAAUUUCAAUGAUUAGACGGCACCA